UCAAACAUCUUCCUGGAAUGUUUGAGUGAUUUGCAAAGUGUUGUAAAAAAAAAAGAAACUGAAAGUGAAGAGACACAAAAAAGAGAGACACAAUUUCGUCACGGACCCGUCCCCGUCCCCGUGAUGCUGUAGUCGGCCUGUGGUCAGCAGCAGGACAUCGUCGAACCUUUUGGUCUACAUUUUCUUCGCCAUAUUUGCAUCGUGCAACCAUUCAGAAUGCAGAACUUUGAUUCCGUAAUGGCGAUGGCGGCAGCAACACAACAACAGUCACAGCAGCAGCAGCAGCAAACGGCAGAUCAACAGCAGCAAACGGCAACGCCGAACGGUUGGUUCGAUUUAACGAUCAAAUCCGAACCACUCGACUACCAUCCACAUCAUCAUCAUCCGCUGCAGCAGCAUCACCAUCAUCACCUGCACCAUCAUCGCCCGGGUGGAGUGCAGCAGGACACGACGACGCACCUCGCGAGCGAUUCACACUCCAACCCAACCUCCCCGCAGAGCGUGGACAGUAUGGAUUCGCUCAGUGGCAAGAGUGGAUUUUUUGAUGCAAAAGGAGCAAACAGUCUCAUGUCGGGCGGCUACAACCCCCUCGGCUUUAAUCCACUCACACCGCCUGGCUAUUCGGGGCUGCUGAUCCCACCACCACCAGCACAGCUCGCCGCUCAGCAGCAGCAGCAGCACCAACAGCACCAGCAACGGCUAGCAACACCCAACCGAAUGUACGGCAAUGGUACGGGCAAGGUGGAGCUGCCAACCUCCCUAACGCCGACCCACACCCCACCGAUGGACGUGACGCCACCAAAGUCCCCCAAGGAGUCGCUCGAAACACCCACCAAAGAGGAGGACGCCGGCUCGGACUGUGAGGACGGUUCGUACGAUGGCAGCGAGGACGAGGACGGUAUCCGCAAGCCGAAGGUGAACUCGCAUGGUCAGGUGAAAAAGUUCCGCUGCAAGCAGUGCGAGUUUGUCGCGGUAACGAAGCUCAGCUUCUGGGAGCAUACGCGCAGCCACAUCAAGCCGGAAAAGAUGCUCACCUGCCCGAAGUGUCCGUUCGUGACGGAGUACAAGCACCAUCUCGAGUACCAUCUGCGCAACCACCAGCGCUCCAAGCCGUUCCAGUGUCCGAAGUGUAGCUACAGCUGCGUCAACAAAUCGAUGCUGAACUCGCACAUGAAGUCGCACUCGAACGUGUUCCAGUACCGGUGUGCGGAUUGUAACUACGCCACCAAGUACUGCCACUCGCUCAAGCUGCAUCUGCGCAAGUACGCGCACAAGCCGGACGUGGUGCUGAACCUGGACGGUACACCGAACCCGCUACCUAUCAUCGAUGUGUACGGGACGCGUCGUGGACCGAAAGCGAAACCGCAGAAGAACGCCGAUAAGCAUCUGCUCAAGCAAGAACAGGCUCAGCAGGAGCAGCAAUCUCAACCACUUAAACAGCAAGAAUUGACCAACUCCGGAGAUCAAUCGCCCGCCCCACUAACGCCACUAAGUCAGCAGGGCAUGGCAACGGCACCGACGACUCCCUUCACCCCUCCUGGAAGUGGCCAAACGAAUGGGCUGAUGCGCAACCUCUUCCCACACCAGCUCUUCCCGAACCCGCUCGCGCACAUGUUCAAGAGUGCGGCGGCCAACGGCAGUCUGCCACUGUUCCCGUACCUGAACCUCAACUUCCAGAUGUUUGCCGACCAGCAGGCCGGUUUGCAGCAGCAGCAGCAGCAACUCUCCCCCCGCACCUUCCAGCAGAACCUGAUGAACCAGCUGGCGGGCGAAAAGCUGAACGGCAGUGCAACGAGCAGCGGCUCCGACCAGGACAACGAUCUUUCGGUGCGGACCAGCUCCAGCGGCUCUACACUGGGCGAGGAGCUGCUGAAGCAGAUUACGGCGGCGGCGGCUGACAGUUCGGCAGCGGUGGGGCGCAAUGCGCUCCCUCAGGAGGACAGUGAGUCGGAGACGACCCAGGCUGCACCGCUGCAGGCAUCUUUCGAUGAGUUCCCAGCAUCGGUAUCGUCCAAUCCGCGGACACCUUCGACCACCGGUAAGGGUGAGCGGAGUCGCCGUAAGGGACGUGCCUUUAAGCUGGAACGGCUUACAGAACCGGCCACUUCGUCGGGUGGCUCAAACGAUAUGGACACACACUACGAGCACGCUGAGGAAGCGGCGGUCAGUACACCGGUGACAGUAGCUGUCGCUCGUGAAUCCCCUGCGCCGCCCAAGGAACGUUCACUCGAGUGCAAGUACUGCGACAUUGCGUUCCGGGACGAUGUGCUGUACACGAUCCACAUGGGCUAUCACGGGUACGACGACGUGUUCAAGUGCAACAUGUGCGGCGAGAAGAGUGACGAUCGCAUCGGCUUCUUCCUGCACAUUGCCCGCAAGGCGCACUGA